AUUGGCUGAAAGCUUAGGGCACAAAGUCCCUCAGGUAACAGAGCCGGCCGCUCACUAACCGCCUUCACUGGGACAAUGAGCAGAAGAUGGAUGACUAAACACCAGAGUGCAACACAACAAUCGGUGCCACUAACCUUGGACACACUAGGGCACUAAGAUGCCAAAAAGCGACACCUGGCCAGGUGGCGUUGGACUGGAGACAACGACUGGCAUGGACAGUGCUGGCAGCUGUGACAGCGUCGUCAGCGCUAAUUCUGCCUUUAGUGAUGAUAGUCUGGAGCACCUGUCUGCUGAAGAAAAGGCCUGUCUCAUGUUUUUGGAGGAGACUAUUGAGUCUUUGGACACGGAGGAGGACAGUGGACUGUCCAAUGACGAACCUGACCGACUGCCCAGCCCUGGCCUCCUUGCUACCAAACGGGCUGAGCUGUCGGCCUCCAUGAGCAAACACAAGCUCAACGGUCCACAGAAACUGGCCUCUGUGGAACACAAAAAGGGAAAUGUUGACACCAAACUCAUGCUGAGCUACCUGGUUCCUACACCUUUUGUUCUGGCAAGCAGCUCUCCAUGUUCUGCACCCAACGCAAAGUUGAGUGUCCCUCCAGAUGAAAACAUCAGCUCUAAGCCUCACGUCACUCCUUCCAGUAACAAACCCGAUCCCAAACACAACCAGAAACCCGUCGCUCCCCAAGUACCAUUAAAGGUUAGCUUUGUGAUACCCCCUCCCACCAAACCCAGGGACUACUCCAUUAGGACGGCUGAAGGUUUACCCAGAGGUCCUCUGUCCUAUGACGCACUUGUUCAUCUGCGAAGAAGUGCCUCCACAAAGAAAACGCCUCUAUGUCCCACAAUUGAUCAUACUUUAGAGGACAAGCACCUUCCUGUCACAGUGGAAGGCCCAAAACUCGGAAAUCUACCAGGAUUUGAAAGAUCCCACUCAAAGGCCUUUAAGUCUAAGACAGGUCCUCCGGUCGUGGCGCCCAAACCAAAACAGAUUCCUGCCAACAUAUCUGUGAAAACACAAAAUGAAGCACCCAUAACCUCAGAUGCUUCAUACAAUUUGAAGAAUGCAACAGAUCCCCAGGUCGUGAGAUUGGAAGCUUUGCAGAAGCUGGGUCUCCUCAAAGACCAACAUCCAGAUGUUGAGACAGUAGCCUUGCAGUCUCCCCCUAAAUCUCACUCCUCUCUAGACCACACAAGAUCUACUAGAGGUCCAUCUAAUGUUAAUCCCUCAAGAAGCCCAUCGUUUUGUCAUUCUAAAGGGCCCGCAGAGCCCAAAACCAAGCCUUUGCAGAACAGUGCCAGUUUCCAUCACUACUCAAGACGUGAUCAACAGCAUGGGUCUGUGUCUGAUCCGUCUCAGUCCAGUGGAUUGAAGGUAACUGGUCUGGAGCGCUCUGCUACCCUGGACAACCACAGAAGCGGUGGGAACUGUCAGCCUGUACCCCGCAAACACGCCAACUCAGUGGGCUACACGGUGAUGGUGGUGCCCGGGAUGGGAGCCGAUCGCAAAGAAGCACUCCGAAAGCUUGGACUGCUCAAAGACUAAAACAGGCAAACAGCAGUCUGCGUGCCAGAGUACCAUCCGCUUAAGGAGAGUUAAAGCAUUACGUGGGAACCUGGCACCUUGGAUAACUAAAGCAGAAGAGGAUGAAGAGAGGAGGACAAAUUUAAAGGGCCAGAACAGUCCUUUUAAUAUAGGUUUUAAUACAGGGGAGUGGACUUACUCCGAUUCUCCAUUGGGCACGCUGUGCUGCGUUCUGGUUUUGUUCACGUGCCAUACCACACCUGGAGUGUCUCAGAAGAGGAGCGUCAUACGGCCCGACUUGCAGAUUUCGUUGUCUCUACAAGUACUUUACAGAAGAAUCCCGUGUUUACUAAGCUAGUAUCUACCUUCUACUCCAAGCACUACUGCAAUUAAACUCCACGUCUUCUCAUUUCUGGUGUGGCCGUCAAAAAGAAAACUGUGAUAUCUAUCAUGUUUUCCAACCUCCAAGAUUGUUUUCUGUGAUUUUGGAGACAUAAAA